UUAAAAUUUUUUCUUUGCCAUUUAAAAAGAAAACUUAAAGAAGGCUUAAUCCACAAAAAUCGAAUUUAAUAUAUUGUUAUAGAUCGGAGUGUUGAAGAAGAAUCGGAGCUUUGCAUUUGUUUGGUGAAUAUGAUGAUGAUGAGGUGUUGGAAAAUCGCUUCUCUUCCUUCUUCUUCCGCCAUUGAUCUUCUUCAACGUUUGGAAUUGGGUAACCCCAAAUCUCUGAAUUCUCUUCCCUUCCCUUUCUUCAAUUGUUUUUAUGCUUUAAAUAAGGAAAGCCCUCUCUUUUAUUGUCAAAACUCUUACUUCUCUACCACCCCCUCCAAGAAAUCCAAGUAUGUGUUUGAUAAAAUUGAUGAUGCCUUGGCUUUGUUCAAUCACAUGCUUCGUACCCAUCCCUACCAUUGUAUUGUUGAAUUUGGUAAAUUAUUAUCAGCCAUUGUUAGAAUGAGGCAUUAUGAAAUUGCUAUUUCUCUGUGGAGACAAAUGGAAUUACUAGAAAUUCAUCACAAUGUUUAUACUCUCAACAUCUUGGUUAAUUGUUUUUGCCGCUUGCAUCGUAUGGAUUUUGGGUUUUCUGUUUUGGGGAAAAUGUUGAAGCUGGGCAUUGAACCUGAUGUUAUAACAUUUUCCACUUUAAUCAAUGGCCUCUGCAUUGGAGGUAAUGUAGCUCAAGCUGUGAGGUUGUUUGAUGACGUUUUUGUUCGAGAAGGGUGUCAGCCUACCUUAUUUACCUAUAAUACGAUAGUGAAUGGUCUUUGUAAAAUAGGUGAAACUACUCGUGCUGUUAGACUGCUAAGGACUAUUGAAGAAAGAGGCUGUGCACCGAACACUAUAACAUACAACAUCAUAAUCGACAGCCUUUGUAAGGACAAUCAUGUAACUGAGGCUUUGAAGCUUUUCUCUGAAAUGAGCGGUAAAGGAAUUCCACCUGAUGUUGUCUCUUAUAAUUGUUUAAUUCAUGCCAUGUGUAAUUCAUGUCAAUGGAAAGAAGCUACAACAUUAUUCAAUGAAAUGGUGGCUGCCAAUUGCAAACCCGAUGUAAUCACUUAUAGUGUUGUGGUUGAUGCACUUUGUAAAGAGGGCAGGGUGUUAGAGGCUCAAGAUAUUCUUGAGAGAAUGAUUCAACAAGGAAUUGAGCCUAAUAUAGUUACAUAUAAUUCAUUGAUGGAUGGAUAUUGUUUACGAGGUGAAAUGGACGAGGCUAGAAAAGUAUUCAAUUCGAUAACCAAUAAGGGUUGCACACCUGAUGUAUUUAGUUACAAUAUCAUUAUUAAUGGAUAUUGUAAAGCUAAAAGGAUAGAUGAGGCAGUGAAACUUUUUCAUGAAAUGACUCAAAAUGGAUUAAUCCCUAAUGUUGUUACUUUCAGCACUCUUAUUAACGGCAUGUCACAAAUUGGGAGACUUGCUGUUGCACAAGAAAUUUUCAAAGAAAUGUAUGCUUAUGGUCUAGUACCAAACACAAUCGCUUACUCUUCCUUGUUGUAUGGCUUAUGCAGGCAUGGUCAUAUUAAUGAGGCAUUGGGAUUUUUUCGUGCAAUGCAGAGCAGUGGGUUAGAACCUAAUAUUGUCCACUAUAAUAUCUUAAUUGAUGGCUUGUGUCUAGUUGGCCAACUUAAAGUUGCUAGGAAAUUAUUUUAUGCACUCACAGUCAAAGGGGUACACCCUAGUGUUUACACAUAUAGUACAAUGAUCAAAGGACUUUGUAAAGAAGGGCUGCUGAAUGAAGCAUAUGAAUUGUUUAGGAAAAUGGAAGUGGAUGGUUGCAUGCGAAAUAGUUGCUCUUAUAAUACCAUGAUCCGAGGAUGUUUUCACAACAAUGACAUAUCGCGGGCAAUACAAAUUCUUCAUGAAAUGGUUCAGAAAGGAUUUUCUGCAGAUGUAUCCACAGUAGCCAUGGUAGUGGAUAUAUUGUCUAGUGAUUCAACAGGUGAAUCUUUUCGUGCAUUAGUUCAGAAAUUGUGAAUGCUAUCAAAGUGUUAAUAUGGAAUAAUCUCCUCUCAAUCAACAUUGCUGCAAUAAAUCUAGACAUGAUUUAUAAUGUGUACCUGCUAGUAAAUAUUCUAAGCAGUCCCAAACUGGAUAGUUCAGAUUCAUAAAGUUAAACCACCAAAUAAUGGUGGGGAGAGUUUCUGCUUCCAACUGUUGGCGGAUCUUGAAAUGGAUAUGGUAGAAGUAAUUGUGCUUGAGUCUUGGAAUCAUAGAUUUUUAGCUGUAGCAACAAAUGAUAUUUAUUGAUGCACCUUUUCUUUCGUCCUGAAUUAGUAAAUUGUUAUUGUUGUAUUCUAAUUACAUUUCAUUUUGAAAUAGAGUUUUAAGGAUGGUGAGAAUUGGAGGUGGAGAAUUCCCUGUAAUCAAGGAAUCUGAUUACCUUGUUAAUGGCGAAUUUUGUGUUGACAAAGAUGCAUCUCCUAAAAUGUUGAAUUGCCUCCUGCAAGUUUUUUUUUUUUGUUAAAUGUAAUUUUCAUUAGAUCACAAAUGAUGGGAGGGCAUUCCUCUACCCAAUAACAUCUAAUAGGACUCCUCAAAGAAAGUGCAUAUUUUGCAAGUCUGUGUGCUGCUCGUGUAAACAGCUUUGAACUGGUGGAAUUCAUAACUGACUAGCUCGGCAUCGUUUAUCAGAGAAAAGUUUUGAGCUUCUGAGUUUAGCUGAUUAAUAAUGCUUAGUGCAUCUCCCUCAAUAAUUACAGACUUGAAUCCCAUAUCCUUUGUGACUACAAUGGCCUUAAUUGCCGCUAAAGCUCUGCAGUUAUAGAUCUCUGACUCGUUUUUCUGUAGUUGAGCAUGUCCCUAAGACAAAUCCAGUUUCAUC